UCCCGGGAGGGCCAGGCCUGAGUCAGACCCGAGGCUGGGCCUGAGGCUUCCUAGUCUUGGCGGGAGAGCAGCGGCCGGCAGUCUGGGGAGCCUUCCAGAAGCAGGGGCGUUCCUGCAGGGCGGGGAGGUCUGGAGUAGGAGCAGCUGGGAGUUUGCUAGAAAGUGUUUCCCGGCGGGGCUGCGCCGGCCCCCGGCACGUGCGCAGGGACUCGGACCGAGGACGCCAGUGCGAGUGCAGCUCGCUCUCGGGCGCUGUAGGCAGAUGAGAGCUGAAGACCCCGCGUGUCUGGUCGGCCUGUCCUGGACUCCGGCAGCAGCACAGUGCACCCACCACCUAUCGUCCAUGGAGCUGCAGGCCCAGCCUGCCCAGCCCUACUGCCUAGCCCUGGAGAGGCCACAGGCCUAGGCCCGCAGAGGAGGGUGCCAACCAGCAGAUGCUCCCAGACUGCAGGGGAAAAGCACCGACUGGAGGAUGCCGGCCAAGGGGCGCUACUUCCUCAACGAGGGUGAGGAGGGCCCAGACCAGGCCGCGCUCUAUGAGAAGUACCGCCUCACCAGCCAGCACGGGCCACUGCUGCUCCUGCUCCUGGUGGUGGCCGUCGCUGCCUGUGUGGGGCUCAUCGCCAUCUCCUUCAGCCAUGAGGACCCCUCAGAGCAGCAGGCUGUCCUGGUCACGGCGUUCGUGACUCUGGCUGUGUUCGUGGCUCUGUACGUGCUGGUGUAUGUGGAGUGCCUGGUCCGGCGGUGGCUCCGGGCCUCGGCACUGCUCACCUGGGCCUGCCUGGUGACGCUGGGCUACGUGCUGGCCUGGAACGCCUGGAGGAGGGCGGCUUGUGCGUGGGCGCAGGUACCCUUCUUCCUAUUCGUGGUCUUCGUGGUGUACACGCUGCUGCCCUUCAGCAUGCAGGCAGCUGUCACUGUGGGCGUGAUCUCCACCGUCUCCCACCUCCUGGUGUUUGGUGCCCUCAUGGAGGUUUUCAUGGCACCCAACCUUAGGGUGGGGCUGCAGCUGCUAGCCAAUGCCACUGUCCUCCUGUGUGGGAACAUCACGGGUGCUUUCCACAAGCACCAGAUGCAGGAUGCCUCCCGGGACCUGUUCACCUACACUGUCAAGUGCAUCCAGAUCCGUAGGAAGCUGCGCAUUGAGAAGCGCCAGCAGGAGAACCUGUUACUGUCAGUGCUGCCCGCCCACAUCUCCAUGGGCAUGAAGCUGGCCAUCAUCGAGCGGCUUAAGGAUGGUGGGGACCGCCGAUACAUGCCUGACAACAACUUCCACAGCCUCUAUGUCAAGCGGCACCAGAAUGUCAGUAUCCUGUAUGCAGAUAUCGUGGGCUUCACUCAGCUGGCCAGCGACUGCUCCCCCAAGGAACUGGUGGUGAUGCUGAAUGAGCUCUUUGGCAAGUUUGACCAGAUCGCCAAGGCCAACGAGUGCAUGCGGAUCAAGAUCCUGGGUGACUGCUACUACUGUGUGUCAGGCUUGCCCGUAUCCCUGCCCACCCAUGCCCGGAACUGUGUGAAGAUGGGGCUGGACAUGUGCGAGGCCAUUAAACAGGUGCGGGAGGCCACAGGUGUCGACAUCAGCAUGCGCGUGGGCAUCCACUCGGGGAACGUGCUGUGUGGGGUCAUUGGGCUGCGUAAGUGGCAAUAUGACGUGUGGUCACACGAUGUGUCCCUGGCCAACAGGAUGGAGGCAGCUGGAGUCCCUGGCCGGGUACACAUCACGGAGGCCACACUGAACCACUUGGACAAGGCCUAUGAAGUGGAGGACGGGCAUGGGCAGCAGCGGGACCCCUAUCUGAAAGAAAUGAACAUCCGCACCUACCUGGUCAUCGACCCCCGGAGCCAGCAGCUACCUCCUCCGAGCCAGCACCUCCCCAAGCCCAAAGGGGAUGCUGCCCUGAAGAUGCGGGCUUCUGUGCGAAUGACCCGCUACCUUGAGUCCUGGGGUGCUGCCCGACCCUUUGCGCACCUCAACCACCGUGAGAGCGUUAGCAGCAGUGAGACUCCUGUCCCCAAUGGGUGGAGGCCCAAGGCCAUACCCCUGAGGCGCCACCGGACCCCUGAUAGGAGCACGUCCCCCAAGGGGCGGUCGGAGGAUGACCCCUAUGACGAUGAGAUGCUUUCAGCCAUCGAGGGGCUCAGCUCCACCCGGCCCUGCUGCUCCAAGUCUGAUGACUUCUAUGCCUUUGGGCCCAUUUUCCUGGAGAAGGGCUUUGAGCGUGAGUACCGCCUGGCGCCCAUCCCCCGGGCCCGCUACGACUUUGCCUGUGCCGGCCUUGUCUUCCUCUGCAUCCUGCUCGUCCACAUCCUGGUGAUGCCCAGGAUAACGCUUCUGGGUGUGUCCUUUGGGCUGGUGGCCUGCCUGCUGGGGCUGGUGCUAGGCCUCUACUUUGCCGCGGAGUUCAUGAGGUGCUGCCCCAGCCAGAGGACACUCCGGGCCAUCUCAGAGAGGGUGGAGACACGGCUCUUGCUGAGGCUGUCCCUGGCUGUGCUGACCAUUGGCAGCCUGCUCACCAUUGCCAUCAUCAAUCUGCCCCUGAUGUCUGAUCGAGCCUUGGGGCUGCCCGGGGGCAAUGAGACUGCACCGAGCACAGACAGGACCUUGAGGGAACUGCUCCCGUAUUACAGCUGCACUUGCAUCCUGGGCUUCAUUGCCUGCUCUGUCUUCCUGCGGAUGAGCCUAGAGCUGAAGGUCCUGCUGCUGACAGUGGCCCUGGUUGCCUAUCUGGCGCUCUUCAAUCUCUCUGCGUGCUGCGGCCCCAGCCUGGGCACCCUCAAUGAUACCAACUGUCUGGGCAACCUUACCAAGACCAACACAGCCCUCAGUGACUCCUGUUGUUCGACAAGGGAUCUGAAGAUCAUGAUCAACUUCUACCUGGUGCUAUUCUAUGUCACCCUCGUUAUGCUGUCCAGACAGAUUGACUAUUACUGCCGCUUGGACUGUUUGUGGAAGAAGAAGUUUAAGAAGGAACACGAGGAGUUUGAAACCAUGGAGAAUGUGAACCGCCUCCUCCUGGAGAACGUGCUGCCGGCCCACGUGGCUGCCCACUUCAUUGGUGACAAGCUAAACGAGGUGCAGCCCAGCACUGGGGACUGGUACCAUCAGUCCUACGACUGUGUCUGUGUCAUGUUCGCGUCAGUGCCGGAUUUCAAAGUGUUCUACACAGAGUGCGAUGUCAACAAAGAAGGGCUGGAGUGCCUGCGCCUGCUGAAUGAGAUCAUCGCUGACUUUGAUGAGCUGCUGCUGAAGCCCAAGUUCAGUGGUGUAGAGAAGAUCAAGACCAUCGGGAGCACCUACAUGGCAGCUGCAGGACUCAGCGUCCCCUCGGGACACGAGACCCAGGACCUGGAGCGGCAGCACACACACAUCGGCGUCUUGGUGGAGUUCAGCAUCGCCCUGAUGAGCAAGCUGGAUGGCAUCAAUAGGCAUUCCUUCAACUCCUUCCGUCUCCGAGUCGGCAUAAACCAUGGGCCUGUCAUUGCUGGAGUGAUUGGGGCGCGGAAGCCUCAGUAUGACAUCUGGGGGAACACAGUUAAUGUUGCCAGCCGCAUGGAGAGCACUGGAGAACUUGGGAAAAUCCAGGUUACUGAAGAGACGUGCACCAUUCUCCAGGGCCUGGGGUACUCCUGUGAGUGCCGGGGGCUGAUCAAUGUCAAAGGCAAAGGCGAGCUUCGGACCUACUUUGUGUGCACAGACACUGCCAAGUUUCAGGGGCUGGGGCUGAAUUGAAGGCUUCUGGAGGAGUCAGAACAUGGUGGGAAGCCGGCUUCUCCCCGGAGCAGGUUAGGAAGCCAGCCUGAGCCAGGGGUCAAGGUGGUGGAAGGUUCUGGCCAUCAUCACCGUCCGGCAGAUGGCUGUGCGUGGCUUCUAGGAAUCUGCACCAGAAGAUUCUGUGAUCUCAACACCAGAUCCUGCUUGGAGCAACCACUAAGCUAUAGCACAAGGUACAGCCAGAACAUCUGUGCUGUCACUGCAACGAUUUCCAGGUCAGCUGAAAGGUGACCACUGGGAUGUGAGGCCAGCUGCACUGGCAGUGACCUUAGAGCCUGCCCAAGACAGAUGUCCACCUGAGCAGCCUGUGAGCAUGCACAAGGGAGACUCCUUUUCUAGGACAAAGGAGGACUAAGCCAAGUUCUCUGGCCUGGGAUGGUUGGAGGACCCCUUCUUAGCAGGACAAACCCUGAGUAUGUUAAUUCUCACACAGGUGUGGAUGCUAGAAAGGAUGUUUUAUAAAAGGCUUCUCCUACCAGAGAAAAAACCUCACAUAAUGGACACUUGUUACUUCUUGUCAUCUCUGACAUGUGUUUUCAAAGGGGACAUUCUUGGUGGGGGUUUUACCCUUAUUAAUGACACCUUAGACGGUGGAUAAACAUCUCCAGUGUACAUGUAAACAGGACUACAGUCCAGUGUCAGUUGAUGCAACCAGCCAGCUGUGCACUAGAGUUCUGAGGAACGGGCUCACAGUAAGAGGCAAGGAGCAGUGCAGCCUUGCCUCGGGGGCAGGAGCUCCGAGGGAAGCCUCCCAGGACCAUGUUCAGUGAGCGGGACUUUGGAGCAAGGCACCACCUUUUAGCUCUGCCCUGAUGCCUGCACUUCCAAGCUCCCCCUGCAGUCUAUCCCACGUAUUUCAGUGGGAAGGAACAGAGGCCACAUGGAGAGAUCCUGGACAACCUGCACUACAUCUUUCCUUUUCUUUAGUUUUCACAUAGCUGACUCUGGAGAGCUUCAAAACUAGAAGGAUCUGCUCAGCAUGAGAUGUGUCAAGGUUCCCCUGCCCGGGAAGCCAGCUCCUGACAGAUGCUGAGAUGUUCUUGUUCUGAGCUCAAAUGAGUCAAGGUAAAAAGCCAGCUUUGAGAUGGCGUCUUGCCAUGCUUGAGCUCCACAGGGAGCUAGGAGUCAGUGUUACUGUCUCACAAGGAGAAAAAUACCCCAACUGCCUGUUCCUUUUCUGAACUGACUUCACUGCUGCCAAAGCUUCUCUGGGCUAACCACUGAACGUCACUACAUUGCAGGGAUUCGUAGCUAGCAGCCAGCCAUAAGCUCCCUGAAGCUGCACAGAAAACCUUGCAGCAGCCUUCCAAAGACUGAUUACACAGGGCUGUGAUGAACUGCCACCCUGUGCAGAGAGGCACAGGAAUGUGCAGGCCGGGCCUGUUGCUUGGGUUGGUUCUGUCAGCCUGAGGAAGGGAGACCGAUUCUAAUCUGCAAAAUGGUGCUGGGUGGGCUAGUGGCAGCUCUAACGUGUCACAUUUAACUGGAAUGUACAUUCAAAAACUUGUUUUGAACACCGA